GAGGAGGAGGAGGAGGAGGAGGAGGAGGCGGCGGCGAGAAGAUGGCGACUUCGAACAAUCCGCGGAAAUUCAGCGAGAAGAUCGCGCUGCAUAACCAGAAGCAGGCGGAGGAGACUGCGGCCUUCGAGGAGGUCAUGAAGGACCUGAGCCUGACGCGGGCCGCGCGGCUUCAACUGCAAAAGACCCAGUACUUGCAGCUGGGCCCCAGUCGCGGCCAGUACUACGGCGGCUCCCUGCCCAAUGUGAACCAGAUCGGAAGUGGCACCAUGGAUCUCUCCUUCCAGCACAGCGGAUUUCUGGGGGAGGCCCUGGCAGCAGCACCGGUUUCUCUGACACCCUUUCAGUCCUCAGGCCUGGACACAAGUCGGACUACACGACAUCAUGGGCUGGUGGACAGAGUAUACCGAGAGCGUGGUAGGCUGGGCUCCCCGCACCGGAGACCCCUGUCUGUAGACAAGCAUGGGCGGCAGGCUGACAGCUGCCCCUACAGCACCGUGUACCUCUCACCACCCGCGGACACCAGCUGGAGGAGGACUAACUCUGACUCCGCCCUGCACCAGAGCACAAUGGCACCCACCCAGGCAGAACCCUUCACAAGCGGUUCCCAGGAUGCGCACCAGAAGAGAGUCUUACUACUAACUGUCCCAGGAAUGGAGGAGACUGCAUCUGAGGCAGACAAGAGCCUCUCCAAGCAGGCAUGGGACUCCAAGAAGACGGGUUCGAGGCCCAAGUCCUGUGAGGUCCCCGGAAUCAACAUCUUCCCAUCUGCAGACCAAGAGAACACGGCAGCCCUGAUUCCCAGCACCCACAACACAGGCGGAUCCUUGCCUGACCUCACCAACAUCCACUUUCCCUCCCCGCUCCCGACACCGCUGGACCCUGAGGAGCCCCCGUUCCCUGCGCUGAGCAGCUCCAGCAGCACAGGCAACCUGGCACACCUGGGCAUCAGCAGCACGGGCCAGGGUAUGAACACCCCAGGCUCCUCUCCGCAGCACCGGCCAACCGUCGUCAGCCCCCUGUCCCUCAGCACAGAGGCCAGGCGGCAGCAGGCCCAGCAGAUGUCACCCACCCUCUCCCCGCUGUCACCCAUCACUCAGGCUGUGGCUAUGGAUGCACUGUCUCUGGAGCAGCAAUUGCCCUACGCCUUCUUCACGCAGGCUGGCUCUCAGCAACCUCCACCACAGCCCCAGCCACCACCGCCGCCUCCACCUGUGUCCCAGCAGCAACAGCCGCCCCAACAGGUGUCCGUGGGACUCCCCCAGGGCGGCCCACUGCUGCCCAGUGCCAGCCUGACUCGGGGGCCAGCAGUCACGGUACCGUCCUCUCUUCCCCAGUCCCCCCCAGAGAACCCAGGCCAGCCACCCAUGGGGAUUGAUGUUGCUUCGGCACCAGCUCUGCAGUACCGCACGAGCACUGGGUCACCCGCCAACCAGUCUCCCACUUCUCCAGUCUCCAAUCAAGGCUUCUCCCCAGGCAGCUCCCCGCAACACACUUCCACCCUGGGCAGCGUGUUUGGGGACGCGUACUAUGAACAGCAGAUGACAGCCAGGCAGGCUAACGCUCUGUCCCGCCAGCUGGAGCAGUUCAACAUGAUGGAAAACUCCAUCAGCUCCAGCAGCCUGUACAGCCCGGGUGCCACCCUCAACUACUCCCAGGCUGCCAUGAUGGAUCUGAGUGGGAGCCACAGCAGCCUGCAGGACCCGCAGCAACUGGGCUAUGCUGGCCACAGUGGCAUCCCCAACAUCAUUCUCACCGUGACAGGAGAGUCCCCCCCUAGCCUCUCUAAAGAACUGACCAGCACCCUGGCAGGGGUCAACGAUGUUAGCUUCGACUCUGACCAUCAGUUCCCUCUGGAUGAACUGAAGAUUGACCCCCUGACUCUGGAUGGACUUCACAUGCUGAAUGACCCUGACAUGGUCCUCACUGAUGCAGCCACCGAGGACACCUUCCGGAUGGACCGCCUGUGAGCAGCCAUGCCCACUACCCGCCACUGGUCAGUGGUCCCCAAUGGCACCUCCCCGAGCCUGGGGAUGGCAGCUCUCUGCCCUCCUUUGCCAACGGCCAAGCUUGUGGUUCUAAGCUUGCAGUGCCGCCCAGCAACCCCCCCCAGCCUCCACCCAGUUCACCUGCGAUGCCCAGAGCGAGGCCACUGUCUGCCAGGCCAUCCACCCAUCCGCCCAUCAUCUACCUUGGGUGAGGCUGGUCUUGGAGGUGUAAGUGCCCUGCCCUCAUGGACACUCCCUGCACUCCCUCGCCCUCUCCUGGGAUAUGAGACCUCCGCUGUGGUCUCCUUCCAAGAUGCCCAAAGUGUCACUCCUGGACGUGGUGUGUUGAGCAGGCUGGAACAUGGGCAUGGGAGUGCUCCAGAGGGCCAAGGUGCACCAUCCACCGACUGUUCUCAGCUGUCACUGCCUUCCUUUGUUCCAGUCCCUCUCCGCCGCCAUCCCCACCCUGGUCAGGUCACGCAUGCCCACCAUGCCAGGGAGAAGGUAACAGAGCAAAGGGGCCAACCCAGAGCAAAAUAAACACUAUUUGGACAGUUGUCUUUUAUAUUCCUGAGCGCGCUCAAAGCGCGACAAUCGACCUGUGGCCCUGUGAGGUGUGGACAGAGUCCACCUAACCAGCUGGUGCCCCUGCCUCUGCUCUCUCCUGACCCUGUGCCCGCUGCCAGUGUGAUGGUGCCGGGCAAUGGAGGGUUGUAGGCCACCCGCCUGUUUUUGUCCCUCCUUAGUCCUGAGGUCAUCUAUACUGUUACUUAAGAUCUGGGGCUCAGGGGGUGGAUGCCCUGGUAUUGUUUGCUUUCUCUUAGUUCGUAUUAGCAUUUUGGUAACUGAUCUCUCAGCCUCUUGCCUGACAGCAUGUGUUAACCCCAGACCCACCUUGACUUGUUUUCUUUUUUAAAGCUAACUGGAACCUUAGCCUGAAGCACCAGCAAGCCCAGGUAUCCAGACUGCAUCCAGACUUGGUCUCACCCCCAUUUGUCACAACUCCAAAGAGCUGGUGGACCAGGUUGAGGGCUGGACACAACCCUGUCCUGGUGGCUGGACAUAUCUAUGUGUUAGAAACACAGGGCAGCCUCUGGGAAUGGGCCUUGGCUUUCUUUGGGGUCUCCAGACAACUCUGUUCUCCUUGAGCAUCCCCAAAUGCUGACCAGGUCUCAGAGCGGGUGGCAGGUGACUUGUGACUGCUUGGCCCUCUCUCUACUGAGGCUCCCUGUCACCGGAGACAGGGUCUGGCUUGCCCUCUGUGGGCCUCUUUUGGUCUUUGAAGCUCUGGUCCUACCCACCCCAAGUUGUACCUUGAUGCUGUCAUGCACAUCUGCCCACCAGGCUGGCACCUUCUGCUUGGUGUUUCUCCGUGGUAUAUUACCUGCCACCUGUGCUAGGGUGUGGGGAGCCUCUAUCAUGGGGAGCUGGUUCUCGUCCCAGCACCCUCCCUGGCCCUCCCCAAGCCACCUGGUGGCCAUUCGCAUGAGAAAGCUCUGUCAUUGUGCCCUCUGCUGUCCCACACUCUGGACUUGGGAACACAGCAUCCAUCUGUCCAGUUUACCUGUUAAGGUCGCAGGCCUUUUCUGUUACUGUGAUGGAGAAAAUAGUGGGGACUUUUUUUAUUAUUAAAGGAAGAUAGUAGCAGGUAUGGUGGCACAUGCCUGUCAUCCCAACAUUCUGGAGAUGGAGGCAGAAUGAUUAGGAAGUCAAGGCCAGCGUAGUCU